GGCAGUUCGGUUUCCUCUUUCUCAACUCCUCCAGGCCACGUUUAGCACUGUUGCGCGUUUUUUAGGUUAAUUUAAAAGUAACAGGUAGCUAGCUUGUGUAAUUGACAUUAUUUAAACGCAAAACAUAUUUCUGAAUACUAAAUUCAUUUGAAAUUGAAUACACGUUUAUGCACAAUGCCCAAUUUUUGCGCGGCUCCAAAUUGCACCAGGAAGAGCACUCAAUCCGAUUUGGCUUUUUUCAGGUUUCCAAGAGAUCCAGAAAGGUAUGACAAAGUCUGAUAAUCACAAUAUGAACCCCUACUUUUCUCGGGGAGUAACCAGUUAUACGAUAGCUAGCUAAAUCUAGCUAUGUUGUGUUCAGUAACACGCUAGUCAUCAUUGCUAACUUUAGUAUGUGAAAAAUGGCUAGCCUGCUUGCUAGCCAGCACACUUGCAACGAGCUAGGUGGUGUGUGUGGAGUUGUAUAGAUAAGUUAGCCCCCCAUGGCAUUUGUGGUGUAGAUCCAUCGUACCUCUGGUGAAACGAUUGGGAAAUAUAUACAUUAGGUAUCAUUUAAUUCAUGGUUCUCCAACUCUGGUCCUGGAGAGCUAAUGGGCAUGCUGGUUUUUGUUCCACCCAAGCAUUAACACACCUAAAUAAUCCAUUAAUCAUCGUCUUCAGUCUGGACCUGGUAACUAGGCUUAUCAACAAAAAAAGCCACCUAACCCCUCCUAUUAUGGUUUGUUCAGAUGUAGGCUCUGGGUUGAGAACUGUCGCCGGGCGGAUCUGGAGGCGAAAACAUCAGACCAACUCAAUAAACACUACAGACUGUGUGCCAAACACUUCGACCCGGCUAUGGUUUGUAAAACAGUAAGUGCGUGUCAAACCACAAAGAUCUUUGUUUGAAACAUGUCCACCUCACUGAACAAUCUCUUUUUAGAGAUGAUCAUAAUCUUACAUUUGAGAGGUCUUGAGCUGUGUUUUGAUAUUCAUGUAUUUGAAUAACUUGUUUUGUCUUCAUUAUUGUUUUUCAGAGCCCUUACAGAACAGUACUGAAGGAUACUGCUAUUCCAACCAUAUUUGAUUUAACAAGCCACCUCAAAAAUCCUCAUAGCAGACAUCGCAAGCGGAUCAAAGAAUUGGUAUAAUAUAUUUUCUUUUUUGCAAGAACUUUAUGUCCUAGUGUUGCUUCAUAAAGGAACAGUUUUGUGAACUACUACUGGCUUCAUUUCUGUAGGUCUGUUUUCAAUGUAAUAGUAAACAUAGUUACAUUGUCUUGUGUUUCAAAUAAUUGUUUUAACAGACUGAAGAAGACAUAAGGAGAAUUAAAGAGAGAAGAUGUAAGUUGCAUUGUUUUUGUUUAAAAGUAUUAUUGUAUCCAUACUCGUGUUGAACAUGUGCUUAUAUCGAAUUUCAUUUUUUUGUUUUCUUGCAGUGGCAUCCUCCAUUGAACAGCUCCACUCAAAGAAAGACAUUGAGGCAACCGAGGGUCAAGAUGCCGCUGAGGAGGAAAUCAAGCUGUCCCCAGAGGAGAAGGAGUUCCGAGAUUACCUGAGGUCUCUUUUUGAGAUUGUUGUCAUGCUAGGAAAGCAGAACAUCCCAUUGGAGACCAAUGUCCCAGAAGGAGUGGAGAGAGACCCCAGUAAUUUCCAGGCCUUACUGGAGUACCGCAUUAAUGCUGGAGACGAGGCUCUGAGGAGGCGGUUUGAGGCCACAGCAGUGAAUGUGGAGUACCUCUCCGCGGCCCAGCAGAGCCAGCUCCUAGACGUCUGCGAGGGCACUGUCAGAGAGGAGGUCCUCAUGGAGGUGAGAGAGAGUCGCUUCUUCUCACUGGUCACAGGGGACCUGGUGGAGUUCGCUGGGGAGAGACACCUGCCUCUCUUCCUGCGGUUUGUAGAUCAGUCCAAUGCUCUCAGGGAGGAGUUCUUGGACUUUCUGCCGUUCGAGGGGGACGAAGCCUCACUGGUAGAGAAGCUGGAGACCCAGGUGACAGACGGCUGGGGGCUGAGGAUGGAGGACUGCCGCGGCCAGGCCCAUGUAGCCACCGGCACCUUCGCCACUAAGAUGAAAGCUGUGGCAGUCGGACUGAUGGGAAAGUACCCCAUGGCAAUGCACACACCUUGUUCCACCUGCGCACUGAAUAUCCACCUGGCCAACAGCCUUCCCUUCCCCAGCGUUCAGGUUGUCAUGGCAACCCUGAGAAAGAUUGAUGUCUUCUUUAAGCAGUCUCCCUCUUUGCAGGCUGAGCUGGAGAAGGCCAUCUCUGUUUACCACCAAGGAAAUGAUGAGAAGGCAGCCGAGCUGAAGGAGGCCUGCAGCUCUAACUGGACAGAGCAGCACAACGUGUUUGAACUGACUGUAGACCUGUUUGAGUCCCUCCUGCUGUGCAUGGACUGCAUUCGGGACAAUGAGAACGUCAAGUUCCCUGAUGCUGUGACUGGGGACGCCUACUCAAUCGCAGAGGCCCUGGCUGACUUUGAGUUCAUUGUCACCUUGGUCAUCCUGAAAAACGCUCUUUCCUUCACACGAGCCUUUGGCAAAAACCUGCAAGGGGAGGCCCUUGAUGUGUUUUUCGCUGCCAACAGUCUAACAGCUGUCCUGCACUCUCUGAAUGAAGUCUUCGACAACAUCGAAGUCUACCAUGAGUUUUGGUUUGAGGAGGCUGUGAAUCUGGCAGGUACCAUGGAGAUCCCAGUGAAGGUGCCUCGUCUGUUCCUCCGGAAGCACCGUUCGGCCGACGCAGGCGAGAUCCCGCCAGAGACUUACUUCAAGGAGUAUGUGACGGUCCCGGUGGUGCGCGGCAUCAUCGAUGAGGUGGACGACAUCUUCUCCCAGAGCAACCUCAAAGCCCUCAAGUGCCUGUCCCUGGUCCCUGCCAUCAUGGGCCAGAUGAAGUUCAACACCUCAGAGGAGAACCAUGCAGAUGUGUACCGCAAGGACCUCCCCAACCCAGACACGCUGCCCGCUGAGCUGCAUUGCUGGAAGAUCAAAUGGAAGCACCGGAGCAAGGAGGUCCGCCUGCCCUCCACCAUCCACGAGACGCUUCAGCUGUCGGACGUCAAGUUCUUCCCCAACGUCAACUGCUUCCUGAAGGUCCUGACCACCUUGCCUGUCCUGAUGCUGGAGGACAGCAGCAGCUCUGAGACAUCCAGGAAACGCCUUCAGACUUAUCUCAGUGACACACCUAUCAAACACAGGUGCAAGAGUCUGGCCGUGCUCCACAUAAACUCUCACCUUAAGCAUGACCUGGAUGUCAUGGUUGACAAAUACUGCAGACUGUACCCCGAGGAUGAGCCUGAACAUGAGGCUGAGGCUGAGAUCAGCACUGUGGUGAUAUAGGAUAUUACGUUUUUUCAGUAUAAGGGUACAAAAUCAAAUUACAUUCAAAUGAAGUCUCCCUGUUGUAUUAUAGCUUUAGUAUUUGAUAGGUUCAUGUGAAUUGUAACUGUAAAGUCUGAGUAAAAUAUGACCUCUAGAUAAGGGUUCUUUUGG